GGCCUCGCGCCGACUCCUCUGCCCUUCCCGGCAAUCCUGCAGCUGGGACCUUUGCUCCCGCUAUUGUACCCAGGCUUGGAUGGCAGGAGCAAUGGGCAGGGUUUCAUCCUAGUGCUUUUCGGUUGCAACAUAAUCAGGCCUGUGUUUCAAAGUGUUUUUUCCUCAUUUUCACAGCACUGAGCACCCUCUGUUUCCUCCGUCUUUCCCUUAAGGAGCUGCAGCACAAACUAUAUCCUUCCUGGAAGGUCUGUGUUUCUCACCGGAGCUUGCCUCUGGUUCCUCAGCUGCCUCUGUCCUGGCACAUAGAUCACACCAUGCUAUCUGUUACCUGCUAGCAAAGAAACAUCUUUGAAACUUUGAUUGGUGUUAAUAAACAAAUUGAAGAAAAGUUUCCAAAUUCAUUUCUCAUCGCAGGGGUAAAUAAAUACCGUAAAUGAAUACCGAUCUAUCAGUAAGAGACAGUUGCUCCGUGGAAGAAUUACAAGUUACAAAAUGUAAUAUUUCUAGGACUGAGAUUGGAAUAAACUAUUAUGAAUUAUAAAAAUGUUAAAGGAAUUUAACUGCAGGGUAUAUCGGGGUAGAAAUCCGGUUCUGAAUUCUUAUUUUUAAAUGAAAGUCCGAUUUUUCCAUGCCUGGAAUCAAAAAUUCUGGAUCUGGAAACUCAUGUCAUAUUAGAAGGCGUUUAGUAAUUGUGAAAGAGAUGCAAGAAUAGUUUGAGGAUGCCUUACUCGUCCUUACAGUAUGCAGACUUCUCCUGCGAACCAUCUGUAUUUGUAAAAAAGUCAGCUGUGCACAGCUAUUAGCAUUUUUGCUGUGGAAGGCCCUAGGCAUGAUUCCUCAUGCAGUCUCCUAAUGCAAUAUGCAGCAAUUAGUGCCCUUAAAGCGUACGUCGCUAAUGGUAUUUCCUGCUGGGGAUGGUUGCUGAGUGUUUGGAGCGACUCUCCUGCGUGACGGGAAGCCUUGGCUCUUUCGUCUGGUGAUAAACGACAAGUUCUUUCCACCAAAGCUGGUCGGCAGUCAGCCAACAAAUGCAAAGCGCAGCCAAAUCACGCUUACCUUUUAUCCUUCUAGGUUCUUCAGCAGCAUAAAAGUGCUGACACAAUGGUGGCUUUGAUGAAGGUUUAUGAAGAAGAAGACAAAACUUAUCAGGACUUGGUUACCAUGGCAACGCAAUUCUACCAGUUUUUACUGCAGCCUUUCAGAGAUAUGCGUGAACUGGCAACCCUGUACAAACUGGAAAUCCUGAAAUCUUUACAGUAUGAUAAGCUGGGGCCUAAAAGAAUAGCAGCUUUGCAGAAAGAUGCUGAGGAAUGGACUAAGCGGGCGGAGGAUGCUGUGUGCUCCAUUCAGGAUAUCACUGUGAACUACUUCAAGGAAACUGUAAAGGCCCUGGCAGCAAUGCUCAAACAGAUGGAACAAGAUCAGAAAAGAUUUGGUCAAGCUACCUGGUCGUCAGCUUUGUCAAGACUGGAAAACCUGAAGUAUAUGUUAGCUAAAGAAACCCUUCAGCAUCUGCGGGCAAGGGAACUGUGUCUGAAACAGAAGAAAAUUGGCAUUUGGAAAAAUAUGGAGAACCUUGAUGAACAAGAAGAGAACCUAACAGUAGCAGAGGAGCUGGAAAUGGAUUAUUAUGAAACCCAACUGGAAUUAUAUAAUGUACAGCUUGAAGUAUUGAAACAUGAAGAGAUGCUUCUUAUUGUACAAUUGGAAACUUUAAGGAGACAGAUUAAAGAGAAACAGGAUGAAGUUGUUUACUAUGAUACAUGUGAAAAUCCAGAGGAGCUCAAGGUCAUUGAACAGACAAUGGGACAACAUUACGCUAACUCGUCAGAAAUGACGAAGCUGAGGCGGAAGACUAAGCAGUUGGAGACAAAGCGUGGAACUGUCUGUGCGAGGAGAGCCUACCUCAGGAACAAAAAAGAUCAAUGUGAAGCGAGCCAUCGACAGAGACUGCAACAGGCAGAAGAGAGCAAAAAACGCUUCCAGCAGCAUCACAGCAUACAGAUAAAAAGAGACAAGCAAAAAGAGGAAGAGAAAAAGAAAAAAGCUUGGAUAAGCCAAGAACGUCAGAAAACACUGGAGAGACUGAAAACAUUCAGGGAGAAAUGCCCAGCUCAAAUUGUGCUGAAAACAUCUCGUCCCCAGCCUCUUAGUCCCAAGCUGCCACAAAGCAUCACCCAGCAGGCUUCAAUACUGUCCCCUCCACCUUCAUCAAGAGUGAGGCCAGAACUGGAGCAGCCAAGGAGCAUGCAGCUAGCAGAAGCAGAAGGCAAAGUUCUUAAAGCUUCGCAUCAGAAUACCCCAGCAGAUAUCCCUGUCCGGAUUUUUGUGGCUGCUGGUGACUCAAAGCAACAAAAGCACAGCGAGGGGCUGAUGGACUCUCCAUCCUUAGCAUCACCACCCUCUCCUCCACCCCCGCCUCCUCCUCCUCCUCCUCCUCCCCCUUUACCUCUCCGCUUCAAGGCACCAUCAGCAAUAGAGGAUAAACCACUUCCCCUUAGCUCUGAGGUCCCUGCAGUGCACAGACAGGAUGACUCAUUGAGGAUGCCUGUAAAUAAUUACAUAGGAACCAUGGAUGAGGUUUUGGCUUCUCUAAAACAUGGUGAAGGUGUUCUUCGCAAAGUGGAACAGCCAAAUCCCUAUGCCUCUGUGAAAGACGACAUCCUCUCUGCCAUAAGGCAAGGAGUUAAACUAAGAAAAGUGAAUCGAGAUACUGAGAAAGAUAUCAGUAAAGGAUCCAGUAAUGAGCUGGAGAGAAGCAUUAAGGCAGUCAUCCAGAGAAUUAAGAAAGUGUCUGCUGAUUCUGAAGAAGAGGAAAACAAUGAUCAGAACAAUGGGGAAUGGGACAGCUAACCAAUUGAGAGUAACAGACGUACUGAUUGGAACACAGUACGUGUCUCAUUUUGCACAUUGUAGGAGACUGUUCCUUUCAGAAUGAAAGAACGGUGUGAUUUUGUGUGUGUAUGUCUUUUUAUGUUCUUGUCACAGUCCAAAAUCUCUUAUAUGGUAAGUAAGUGUCCUGCUGAUUUCUGCAGGAGCUGCAGAUUCUUAUUUUUGCAUGGGAAAUCAUACUCCAAAAACGCUCACGUUAAUAGGCAAUACAGACUCUAGAGUCUUCACUGUGUCUGAGGACAGCUAAAAUACUAUAUUGAAACAUACAUUCUUUUGGUUGUUACUACACAGCAGGUGAUACUAUCCCAACAAAUUUAAAGAGUGGAAAACUAACUGAAGAUAGGCUUUGUGCAUUAAAAGUUCAACCAAACCCAUGGUGAUAAAAGCAGCCCAGAAAACUUAGCUUAAUUUAAAAGCUCUCUCAUUACUACCUCCGUUGUCCAGAAAUUCCUUUAACACGCUGCUUGUCUCAUACAGCUCACUCUCAAAUAACUGCUUGGAUACUCCAUUUAUCAUUACGUUGUAAAGUGUGCACUUUGGAAGGGCUUGGCAAUGCUGGAUGGGAAAGCCGAUAACAAGUUUGAAAUAAACACUACUGUACUAA